GAACGGCCAGGAAUAAAUACAGUCGUCAUUUUCCCCAGCACCUGACACAAAUAUACCAACAUGCCAGCUUUUUUGCCGUAUUUCAUUUCAUUUGUAUUUGUAUUACAUAUUGAAGGUUCUAAGUUCAAACGACAGCUCUAUCUAUGUGGAUCACAACCGUAUCAGUUUUAUUCCACAAACCCCUGCCCAUCAUCACAAUCGUGUCCGAAUGGCGGGAUAUUCAUGAACAUCGCUUGCGAGCAAUCUUAUCAAUGUACCCCUUAUUAUUCGGGAGUCUCCACGUGUAUUAACAAUUUUUGCUGUACGUCACCUAAUUCUCAGAAUGUCCCGAAUCCGAUUAUAACAACAACAACUACGAGAGCUCCAGGUUUUGGAAUCUGCCCAUCAGGCCAGCUAUCCGAAGUACGGUGUACUACACGUGGACAAUGCGCGGCCGGUCAAACAUGUAUCAGUGGGCUUUGUUGUACGACGACUGGUAACGAGUGGAAUGUAGCCUGUGGAGGACAGCCCGCGUUGGGGUCCUGUGACAUGUCGGGACGAUGCUCUGCAUUAUCUCAAAUAUGCACAUCGACGAAUUACUGCUGUGAAUGUCCAUAUGGACAAGCUUACGGGACUUGUGGGAAUGGAAUCUGCCCAAAUGGAUUUUCCUGCCAAGCAAAUGGCAAUUGCUGUCCCUCGUGUCCAAAUAAUCAGACACCUUUUGGAAGCUGUGUUGCAAACCGGUGUGGUGGUGGAAGAACCUGCCGGAGUGGGAAUAUUUGCUGUUAAUUCUACUUUUACCGUUCAUAUAUCGGUUUAUUAUAAAGAUGUUUAAAAACAUUAAAUGCAGAGUUAUUGU